AUGUCCGGCGCAGAGAAGGAGAAGAAGUCACGAUGGAGGCUGUCGGGCUUUCAUUCGAAGAACAAGGAUAAAGAAGAUCCUAAAGAGAAGGACACAGUGCGCAAAGAAUCAUCCGCCAACACAUUCGACUCGGCAUAUGCGAGCAGUGAGCCCAGCAGUAGUGGGCACCCUAGCUUCAUCGGAAGACCAAUCUCCGGAGAACAGUAUAUGCCCCCUCCAGGGCCCCCUUCAGGGCCUCCCCAGGGGAACUUACAACAGCAGGGACACUCUCAACAACAGGGCCAUCUACAACAGCAGGGACAGUCUUAUCAUCAAGGGCCAGCAACCGAAGUGACACCACCAACACCACCCGCUGACCCAAGUCGAGUUCUGCCCACGCAGACGGCAUACGAAAACUACCCUCCACCUCCGCGAUCUCCCGCACGAUCUCCUGCACGAUCUCCUGCGCAUGCUCAACAAAGUGGCUUUUUACCGCCCCAACAACCUCAGAGCCAAGCUAGGAGCAUUGAGAAUGUCUCAAGGGAGACUCACAUGGACAACAGAACUGGAAAUAUCGUCACGACAACGACAACAACAACCACCACCACCACUACAAUUACUGGCCCGGGCGGCUCUACAACAACACAGCAACCCACGGGCAGUGAUAUUGCGCCUAGUAUCACGAGCAUGUCCGGACCCAGUCCGCCUCCUCCAGCCCCUGUGUCGCCAGUGGCCGACGUAGCAGUGCCUCAUCAUCAAGAUAUUGAGCCGCUUCCAACUCAACCGUCAGUCCACGCUCCUGUAACUCCCUCGCCACCAAUCCCUAAUAAGAGCAAUAUCCGACACAGAGUCGAGCUAUCUUCUGUCUCUCCUGCAAUUGAGCAUCAAAAUCCCAUGAAUAGACAAGCCACAAUCGACCCAGUGAGUCCUAUCACGCCGGCGAGCCCAGGGCGCGCAAAUUUCUCUUACCCCUCGCGAGCGCCCCCACCAGGUGUUCCACGUCAGGUACCGGCAGGGCAGCAUGAGGAGUACGCGCAACAAUCUCAGGAAGAUCCCAGUCGGCCAGUACCGUAUCGAGCGGGUCACGCACCAUCUACACAGCAACCCGCAGACCAUGUUCCGCAGAAGCAGUCCACCAUGGCAAACCUCCGUGCCGCGGCGGCCGGUAUUCAUGGUGCGUCAGAAGCCCUCCGUGGCACCUUCAACGAUUCGAUCGACCGCCGCUACCACUCUCCUGACAACGCCGUACACACAAAGAACCAAGCCACCAUAAAUGCCGGUCGUCAAGAGAUCCAGUCGCAACACUUUGUGCCACGCGACCACCAUCCUAAGCCUCCGGCCGCUGAUGCGCCGCCUGUGCCUCCAAUUAAGACAGCAUACGGAGGGCCGCCAGUGUCCGGUUCCCAGGCUGAGGGUGGCAGUCGCGGCGGAAAGCUCAGUAGUUUCCUAAAGAAGAAGAUGGAUCUUGAUGGCAGUGAGUCCGCGAAGCGAUCGCAAGCAGGGAGCAACAUUCAAUAA